GCUUGUGUACAUGUGUGUGCGAACUUCAAAAUUGUUUCAAUCUAAAAUCUACAAGGAAAUUAUCAUUCCGACUUCGAAGCUUGUUUCACGUGCGGCAAUCUCGUUGUAAUAGAAGACAAUAGCCGGUAAAAGCUUUUCGAAGCGCGACGUUUUGGUAUGUCUUAGAUCGAUACAAUUGAUAAUUAACUUUCGCAGCUGAACGCUUUUAAAAUACCGGCGCCGUAGAUAAAGGCGCGAUACACAGAUAAUACGCGUAUAAAUUUUGACUACCGCCAAAACAUUGACUUCAGUUUCGUACUUUGCUUGCGCGGCGCGGGGACUCGCUCACAAGUCGUUGUUUAGUUUAGCAUAAUAAAGAAAAAAAUUAUUUUAUCAAAAAUGAAACUCGUACACGAGAUCCUCUUGGUUGUACUGGCGAUCAUCGGCGUGGCGAGCGCCGGGCCUCGUGGCCGCUUCUACAAAAUGGCCCAGGGUGGCGCUGCCCCCGCCGGAAGACAUCCCUAUCAAUGUUAUCUGCGAUUCGACGCACGAGGAUUGCAGGACGAUCUGCUUUGCGGAGCAUCCGUGAUCAACGACAGAUAUUUACUGACGGCGGCUCAUUGUGCCGAUUACAAUUUGGAAAAAGUCCGUAUGGAGGUCGUGUGCGGUGCCACCAAUCGCAAGAAUCCAGAAGCCCUCGGCGUCUAUCAGGUCGAGCAGCUGAUCCAACACGAAGGUUUUGAAUUGAUCAAAGGUACGACUGAAGUAGCGGCGAACGACUUGGCCCUGGUGCGCGUGUCGAAACCGAUCCAAUUCAGCAACAAAGUCAGGCCGAUCGAGCUGGCCACGAAACCGAUCGCACCCCACAGCCAAGUCCACGCGGUCGGAUACGGCUUCACCAUCCAGGACCAAGCGACGCAAGAGCAGCUGCAAGAGGUCGAUCUCAAGGUCGUGGACAGAGAGACUUGCCAGGCCAAAUGGACGGCGUUGAACAUUCAGCUGAGGGACGGCAUGCUGUGCGUUGCCGGUGCCGUCAAGGAGUACGGCGACGAGCUCAGUUUCAAGGGAAUGUGUCCUGGCGACUCCGGCAGCUCCGCCACGGCCAACAACGUCCUGGUGGGCAUCAUGAGCGCAGGAAACGACUGCGGAGACAGCUAUCUUCAUCCGAACAUCUUCAUGGACGUGUCUUACUACAGCGACUGGAUCAGAGCUAAGAUAAAAUCCAACGACGAGAAGUUGAAAAAUUGACCGAUAUAUGGAGUUAAAUAGGAAAUAUAUUGUAUAACUGUGUCAGCUAAUUGACGCCGAUUAGUCAAUUUCGUAUUGUUAUUUUGUGAUGUAUCGAUUAAGAAACUUCAAAUUAGCCUUGACGCAAAACAAUGCGCAGAUAAGUUAUUGAUAAAAAAAGAAGCAUUGAGGAGCUGAAAAACUUUCAUACGCGUGUGUCUGCUCGUUAUAUUUUGAAAUUAAUUUACGACAUAUCUUUGUUAGCUACUAAGUAAGAUAUAUAGCUCUUUAUGCAUAGAGCUAUCAAAAUUAUUUAACAGUAACAAAAGGAAAUUUGACAAAAUUAUAUAACUCUCACGAUAAUGUG